AUUAUUUUGUUUUUGUUCUUGAAUUAAUUUUCUGCUGCUUUAUCAUCACUCGCUUUGAACACAAAAGAGUUGUGCUUUUUCAAAAAAGACCGGAACUUGAGUGCCGCGUCUCUCAGAGAGGAAGAUGGAAGGAGGUGGAGGAGGAGCGCACUACAACAACCCUCGAACCGUGGAAGAAGUCUUCCGAGAUUUCAAGGGUCGUCGAGCUGCCAUCCUCCGAGCUCUCACCACCGAUGUGCAAGAGUUUUUCCAGCAAUGCGACCCUGAGAAGGACAAUCUUUGCUUGUAUGGGUUCCCAAAUCAAGUAUGGGAAGUGAACUUACCAGCUGAAGAAGUACCUCCAGAGCUCCCCGAACCUGCACUCGGCAUCAACUUUGCCAGAGAUGGAAUGCACGAAAAAGACUGGCUUUCUCUCGUUGCUGUCCACAGUGAUGCCUGGUUACUCUCUGUCUCCUUUUUCUUCGGUUCAAAAUUUGGUUUUGAUAAAGCUGAUAGGAAGCGCUUGUUCAACAUGAUAAAUGCGGAUCCUACUAUAUUUGAAGUUGUAACUGGAACUGCGAAAACACAAACAAAGGGGAAGCCCUCUUCAGCAAAUCAAAAUGGCAACAGAUCCAAGUCAAAUUCAAAUGUGAGAGGUUUAGAUGGCGAAACCUCAAAGACAAUACAACCCAUGGGCGAGGAAGAAGAAGAGGAAAAGGAAGAGGAAGAAGAGGAAGAGGGUGAAACACAGUGUGGAGCAUGUGGAGAGAAGUAUGCUUCAGAUGAAUUCUGGAUAUGCUGUGACAAGUGCGAGAAAUGGUUCCAUGGGACAUGUGUGAAGAUCACUCCAGCUAGAGCUGAGCAUAUCAAGCAUUACAAGUGCCCUUCUUGCACCAACAAAAGAGCUCGACCCUACUAAAUGUUUUUUUCUCCCACUAAGUCUUAGCUAUCUAUGUAUCUAUCUAUCACCCAUAAUUGUAAAAUGCAAUUUAAUUAUGUCAGUAUUUGAAUCCUCAAUCCAGCUUUGUUUAACUCAA